CGUAUUGUCUCUCACUUCCGGUUAAAGAUGGCCGCCUCCAUAGUUGCACGGGCAGGGAAUCUGCUGGGGAAUUUCACAGCGAAGGGCGCUUUGCUCCGUACAACUCAGGGUGUUCACGUGAGCUCCAGAAGAUGGCUGAACCUGCAGGAAUAUCAGAGCAAAAAGCUGAUGGCAGACUAUGGUGUCACUGUUCAACGGUUCAUUGUUGCCGACAACGCCAGUGAAGCUCUGGAAGCAGCAAAAAAACUAAAAGCCCGGGAAAUUGUUUUAAAGGCUCAAAUCUUGGCUGGAGGAAGAGGCAAAGGAACGUUUGACAGCGGGCUGAAAGGCGGCGUCCAUUUAACUAAAGACCCCAGCAAGGUAGAAGAACUGACCAAACAAAUGAUUGGGUUUAAUCUGACCACAAAACAGACGGCAGCUGGAGGUGUUAAAGUCCAAAAGGUAAUGGUUGCUGAGGCUCUGGACAUUACAAGAGAAACCUACUUGGCUAUAUUAAUGGACCGAGCUUGUAAUGGACCUGUUUUAGUUGGAAGUCCUCAAGGAGGAAUGGACAUUGAAGAAGUGGCGGAGAAAACACCUGAACUUAUUUUUAAGGAGGAAAUCGACAUUUUCGAAGGUGUAAAAGACUGCCAAGCGUUGCGGAUGGCCGACAAUUUAGGAUUUAAAGGACCCCUUCAACAGCAGGCUGCCGAGCAAAUUAAGAGGCUGUACGAUCUCUUCCUGAAAGUGGACGCCACGCAAGUCGAGAUCAACCCAUUCGGAGAAACUCCAGAAGGGCAAGUUGUGUGCUUUGAUGCCAAGAUUAACUUUGAUGACAAUGCAGAAUUCCGACAAAAAGAGAUCUUUGCCAUGGACAACACUUUGGAGAUGGACCCGAUAGAGAACGAAGCCAACAGUUACGAUUUGAAGUAUAUCGGCUUGGAUGGAAACAUAGCUUGCUUUGUAAAUGGUGCGGGCCUCGCAAUGGCAACAUGUGAUAUCAUUGACUUGCAUGGAGGAAAACCAGCCAACUUCCUUGAUCUUGGCGGUGGUGUGAAAGAGUCGCAAGUAUACCAAGCCUUCAAGCUUCUCACUGCAGAUCCCAGGGUUGAAGCGAUCCUUGUCAACAUAUUCGGAGGGAUUGUUAACUGCGCAAUUAUAGCUAAUGGGAUAACGAAGGCCUGCAGAGAGCUUGAACUGAAGGUUCCCUUGGUGGUCAGACUAGAAGGAACGAAUGUCCACGAAGCCAAGCGAAUUCUGGCAGAAAGUGGGCUCCCCAUUACCUCUGCCAACGACCUGGAUGACGCAGCAAAGAAAGCGGUGGCGAGCAUAGCGAAGAAUUAACCACCUUUGCCUGUUUAUACCAGGAAUACAAACUCAGUAUCGGGAUAGUGGAACAUGUGAUAAUGAAUGUACUUGAUUUUAGCCCACAAAUGUUUAUAUUUCUAAAUUUCUAGUAUGAUUGAUUAUGGGGGUCAUUAUUGUAAGUAUUUAAAGCAGGGUUGGUCCAUCAGGGGACUGUCAGUGGAUGUUUGAGGGCUGUUCUUCAGCAGCAUCUCGAUGGCCUUAGGUUGGACAUCCCUGAUUUAAAGUAUAAUUGGUCACUAAUUUUAUACGGGGGAUGAAACAAUAACUGUAGGUUCUGUGUGCAAAUCUGGAUGUUUUUCUAGUGUAUGAGCCAAAAAAUGAAGUUUUAUAUGGUGCUCAAAGCCAAUAGACUUCUUCUGUGCACUGUAGGGUCACUAGGUGCCAAGGGUGUUCACUUUGAAUUUUAUUAAAAAAAAAAAAAAAAA